AUGGCAUCCUUCUUGGCUUGCAGGAUUGAGGCAAAGUCCUUUGAAUUCUUAGGCAUACCUAUUGGCUCUAAUCCUAGACUUGUCGCUUCUUGGACUAAUUUGGUGAACAAAGUUUGGGUUAUGCUGGCAGAUUGGAAAGGUAAGCUUUUAUCAUUUGGAGGUAGAAUUACGAUGUUAAAAUAUGUUAUCGGUAGUCUCUCUAUCUUCCUUAUGUCUUUUUACAAAAUGUCGGUGACAGUUUGGAAAGAAUUAGAUCGCAUCCAAAAUAGGUUCCUAUGGGGUAGUUCGACGAAACAACCUAAAACGGUUUGGAUAGCUUGGAACAAAGUUUGUCGUUCUACCGACCUUGGAGGACUUGGGAUUAAGAAGAUGGAUCUUUUCAACAUCUCACUUUUACAGAAAUGGAAGUGGAGGAUAUUAACUGAAAAAGCGGAUCUUUGGUUGGAUGUCUUAGCAUCCAGGCACGGUAACAUCAGACUUGCAGUGAUGGGUAGUUUUGAAGUAGUACCUUCAAAUCUGGUUCUUAUUGGUGGAAUGACCUAA